GGAUGAAGGGCUUGCGAGGAUGACGGGUUUGAACGGAGGCGGGAGCCUCGGCGAUGCUAUAGACAGAUGCUGUGUAGAAUAGGGUAGAUGUCGGUGCAGGGGACCGGGGGGGAGCAGUGGAGCACUGAGAGUGGGAGAAAGGAGGCAUCAGAUCAUCGCAGGCAAAAUUAAACUUUUGGUGAAGGUGGCAAUAUCUCCUGCUCACUUUUAAGGUGACUGAUCAGGACAGGGCAUUCGAACUUCACCAUGGCACAGCGAGCGGUUCGCACGCCUCGCCCUGCAUCGAAGUCGAAAGGACCAGGUACUGUGGGAGCUUUGUUUCGGAAUGUCAUCCGUGGUAAACAAUUAUCUCCUUAUGUGACGAAAGCGCCAAACUUGGCCGCCUUGAUAAAAUCUCCCCUGCAAUUCAUCAUAUCCGACUCCAAAACUCGGAGAAUCUCUAUGUUUCUCCUAUUGAGCAUCAUUUUCAUGGUCGUGGAGUUUGUGUAUGGGUUCCACAGCAACAGUUUGGGACUCGUAUCUGACGCCUGUCAUAUGCUCUUCGACUGUGCGGCAUUGGCUAUUGGUCUGUAUGCUUCCUAUAUCUCCAAGCUUCAAGCCAACUCUAGGUUUAACUAUGGAUACGGCAGAUUUGAAGUAAUUUCCGGCUACAUGAACGCAGUUUUCCUCGUUUUGGUGGCUUCUCUUAUUGUCUUGGAAUCACUGGAAAGGAUACUCGACCCACCUGAGAUUUCAACAGACAGCUUGUUGGUAGUGUCGAUAGGGGGAUUCCUUGUGAACGUCAUAGGCUUGAUAUUCUUUCACGAAGCACAUCACCAUCAUCCAACGGGCAGCUCGUGUGGGCAUUCUCACGCCAAGAAAGGAAAAUCAUUACAUGAGAAGGCUUUCAGAGCGAAAGGUGGAGAUUACCAAGUUCUUAAUAUGGAGGAUCAUGAUCAUCAUGCUGAACAGAAUCAUCAAUGUAUUUCGGUGGGAAUUCAUUAUGAUACGAGUUACCAUGGGUGCGGUGAUCUAGCACAUUUACAUAGGGCACAGGAACAGGGUGCAGGUUUUGAUCAUGCUCAUAACCAUGACGUUCAUCACAGACACCAACAUGAAGAUGUUCAUCACAAACAUGGCAGCUCUUGCAGUCAUGAGCACGGGCAUGAUCACGAUCACUAUGGGCAUGAGCACAAGCACAAGCACGAUGAUGGACAUCAUCACGAUCACGGGCAUGGGCAUGAGCACAAGCACAAGCACAAGCACGAUGAUGGACAUCAUCACGAUCACGGGCAUGGGCAUGAGCACAAUCACGUUCACGUUCACGAAGAUCAUCAUUCUGAUGACGAUGUUGCACAUGAUCACACAGAUCACAAUAUGCAAGGAAUGUUUUUGCACAUUUUGGCAGACACAUUAGGUAGCAUCGGGGUUGUGGUUUCUUCAUUACUUAUUCAGUACAAAGGCUGGUACUUUGCGGAUCCAAUCUGUUCCAUUUUCAUCUCAGCACUCAUCAUCGCGUCAGUGAUUCCUUUAAUCAAGGGUUCAGCUGAGAUGCUUCUGCAGCGAAUGCCAAGAGCAACUGAGAGUCGCAUUCAGCGCUCCAUGAAACAGGUGGAAGGUAUUGACGGUGUGUGGAGUUGUAAAGCCUUACAUAUUUGGAAUUUCACCAACGCCGAGGUUAUUGGCAGUCUUCACGUCCUGGCUACCAGAGGAGCUGAUAGAGAGCGUUUACGUAUUUCAAUUGCUGGUAUUUUGAAAAAAGCAGGAGUUACUGAUCUCACUCUUCAGGUUGAGACGGUGUAAGUUCGUUUCUCCUCCAGGGUGGAUAAUUUUUUGCAGCCAUGCUACAACUUCAGUGUGCUUGUCCUGUAUCAUUAGUGGAGCUUGAGUUGAAAAGGGGUUAUGGAUUGCAAGUACACCAUAUCUCUUUUGCAUGUAAUGCAGAUAUUUGAUGCUCAUAGUUAUCAGGAAUUUCCACUGCGAGAACAUCUCAGUGGUGUAAAACAACCAUGCACAAUUGGAUGGACGUCAGCUAGGAUUCUCGAAUUUAGUUUGAAUUUAUUUAUGUCAGUAACCAUAUAUAAUCAUUAUCGCUUUUCUAGCAAAAACGUUUGUGUAAUUAAGGAGUAUGGGAGGUGGUAGUUCUGGUGAUUAGUCAGGUUCUAGAUUUGGACCCUUCUACUCGGUACUAGGAGUUACCAAAAGAGCAUGAUCAUUCAGCAUAUCUCUUUUCCCCUUUUGUCCAGUUUUUGCACGUCUUCUAAUGGGCUCCAUGAAGGUUAUUAUGGCA